UCUGAUCGGCAUUAGCCAUUUCUACUCUGCCACGCUAGUGUCAGGCACACUGCGCCCGUGAUAAUGAUAAAUCUCCUAGCCUAGCUACUCUUACUUGGCAUCAUCACUUCUCUUAGGAAUCGGAAUCCUCGUUCGAGAUGCCUCAAACAGUGUACCGCCGUCCGUGGCCAACAUGGCUUUCUGUUGCCUUAGUUUUCCCGCUUACCAUUGCCUGGAUCGCCUUGAUCAUCAUACAGGGCACGUCAGGGGCAGCUAUUACUAUCGGGGCAAUCGAUAUUCUGGUCUUAAUUGUCUUCACCAUCCUCGACCCCGAAGUUACCAUUGAGAGUCGCAAGAUCAUGCCAGAUGGCACCGUAGUGAAUGUCCGGCGGCCCAUUGUGGGGUUUAAAAGACUUGAAUCCCCCCUUGGUGUGACAGGUGGAUAUGAGGUCAGGAUUGACGGGUAUCGAUAUGAGCCUGCCUACAUCAGAUUAUAACGUGCCCGAACUGCUGAGGAUUAGGGUUACUUGGAGGAAGGAAGUACGAGUUCGUUAACCCUACUUAUGCACCUGCGGAGGACAAGCAAGUUCGAGCGUCAUGUUUUAGUCCGAUGAAACAUUUACAUCAGUAAACUAUGGUAAUACUUAUGCCAGCAGAAUUCUCGCUAUGUUGGAUGCAGCAAAUUCGACAUGUACAUAUAACAGCUUAUAUCUCAACUCGCCAUAGUGUACUUGGGCUGGUUCGAAGCAUUGGACAUUCAAAACCUCAUGCCUACCAUUUCUCGAUUAUUGGUCAGCAGAUUACCUUCACUCCUAUGCCAUGAGA